CUCUGCGCGACAAGCAGCUAGUUCACCACCACCAUCACUAACACAUCACCCUUAUAGCUUACAACAUAUAGACGCGCUCCUGUAACAGUCGGAGCAGCGUAGCCAGCUAGAGUUCCAUGAUGCGCGCCGGCUAAGUGAGAUACAAGCCUCGCUAGCAUCGCCCAUUAGAUAAGAUUUGAAGAGAUAAAUCCUCACUUAUACUUAACCUUGCCACACGACAUCCUGGCAAGGGGUGUGAGCUCUGUGAACCCAUACACUGAGUCUAUUACCUCAUUCUAUACCAAACAAUACAAUUCAUACACAUAGCGGUAAGCGUACUGGUCAGUAUACCUUUAAAUACUGCCGCCACCUCCGACUCGCGGGCAUGUUUUAUGCAUGCGGUCUAACGCGGUGAAAUAGCCCACUGCGAUCCCAUUGCGAGCAGGACAUGGGCUCGUACCGUGAAGGCCACACCGCCGCAAGGUGGAGGGACAACGCGGAGCCCCUCCCCGCAUCCGUUGCGUUCCCAACUACACCGCUUUCAGCGGAUGUAGGAACUCGGGAUUCUAGCUCAGCAGAAACACGCCUAGCUAGCAACUGCUGUUCAAGCAGCAGCGGCAGCAGCCAAGGCGACAGCAACAGCAGGGGCAUUUGGCAGUGGCUGUCAUGGGGUGCUACACAACACCAACGGCCACAUCCCCUCGAACGCAAACAACAGCAACAACAGGGGCCAGCCGCCGGACAGGCUUGCAGCCGCGCCAGCAGCUCCUCAGGGCUGCAGGACUGCACGCACGCAGCUGCAUCGUGCACGGCUGCAGCUGGCGCGCGUAGUAAUCCCCACGCCUGCUCUUUGGCUAGCUUAGCAAGGCAAAGUAUGGAGGUGGAGACGUCUGCAGCGCUUGCGGAAUCCUGCAGCCAGAUUGGAGAAGGGCAUGAGAGGCGGAGGGAUGUGGUGGAGGCGCAGGCGGCCGGGUCAAGGCGCCGACUGCAAGGAGACGACACGGUAUGUGGUGCCAGCACAUCAAGGUGCCCGGCAGAGCGGCACAGCGAUCCGACGGUCGCAUCUGGCGAGGACCUGCUCUCCAGGGCCAACAGCAGGAGCAACGGCGGUGUUCGCAGCAGCGGGGAUUGCAGUGUAUCGGCUGCUUGCGGAAUAGGGUGGGCGAGAGUUAGAGCAGCGGUAACAACAGAGGUGGCGACAGCGGCGCCUGCUGAGCCACGCGGUGCCGGCUCCUCUGCUUUAGAAAUAGGCCCUCCAGGCUCGGGCCUGUGUGGCAAAGCAGCUGAACAGCAGCAGCGGCACUUUCAGCAGCGGUUCACACCUCCGGGUUGUGCAGGAUCCGCUGCUCCACUUGGCGGCGGGUCGCCACACCGCCGCAGCAGGCCCCGGCUAGCGCCCCUCCUGGCGCCCUGCAGAACCGCAACGCUGGCACUGCUGGUGCUCUUGGCUGCCGUACUUAUGCCGGCCGUGACAGUGGCUGCCGCAACAGCAGCGGCAGCAGCCAACGCAGGCAACGGUUUUGAAUCCCUGGUGCCACCAACCUACCCAACCGUGCCAUUACCCGACUUUGGCCAUCCACUGGCCUACCCGCAGGCGCCGCCUCCGACCUACAUGCAACCGCAGCUGCCGAGCUCACCCGAGCCCUGGUACUCAGGGGUGCAGCCGCCUGCGAGCCCGCCUGCGGUACCGCCAGCACCGCCAUCUCAUCCUCCCUCGAGACCCCUAAAGCCGCCCAGCCCGGCACCUUUGAGCCCGGAUGAGCCGCCGUCGCCCGAGCCGCCGUCGCCUGAGCCGCCAUCGCCCGAGCCGCUGUCGCCCGAGCCGCCGUCGCCCGAGCCGCCGUCGCCCGAGCCGCCGUCACCUGAGCCGCCGUCACCUGAGCCGCCGUCGCCUGAGCCGCCAUCACCCGAGCCGCCGUCGCCCGAGCCGCCGUCGCCUGAGCCGCCAUCACCCGAGCCGCCAUCACCCGAGCCGCCGUCGCCCGAGCCGCCGUCGCCUGAAACACCCAGCCCUCAACCGCCUUCUCCCCGUCCACCCAGCCCUUCACCACCUCCUCCCAGCCCGCCACCUCCCUCGGCCCCGCCUCCCAGUCCCCCACCUCCCUCCACCCCUCCCCCAAGCCCCAAGCCGCCCUCUCCCCGUCCACCCAGCCCGCCGCCUCCCUCGCCUCUACCGCCCAGCCCGGCGCCUCCCUCACCAGAACCCUCCGCUCCGGGAGAGCCUUCGGACUACCAAUCACCACCCGACUCAGACUCCGGGUCCCUAACUGAUCCCCCAUCCCCGCCUCCUCGCCAGCCGCCCAAGCCCCCCAAGCCCCCCAAGCCUCCCAAGUCACCCAAGUCACCCAAGGCCCCCCCUGUCCCGCCCAAUCUCCCGCCGGUUGUAGAAGGGCCGCCGCCCUUUGAGUGGAUGCCUCCGGAGACGGAGAAGCUCAGCCCCCCACCGCCCUCACCACAGCCUCCUUCACCCGAGCCGCCUAGCCCGGAGCCUCCUUCACCCGAGCCGCCUAGCCCGCAACCUCCUUCACCCGAGCCGCCUAGCCCGCAACCUCCUUCACCCGAGCCGCCUAGCCCGGAGCCUCCUUCACCCGAGCCGCCUAGCCCGGAGCCUCCUUCGCCCGAUCCGCCUAGCCCGGAGCCUCCUUCACCCGAGCCGCCUAGCCCGCAACCUCCUUCACCAGAGCCGCCUAUCCCGGAGCCUCCUUCACCCGAGCCGCCUAGCCCGCAACCUCCUUCACCCGAGCCGCCUAGCCCGCAACCUCCCUCACCCGAGCCGCCUAGCCCGGAGCCUCCUUCACCCGAGCCUCCUAGCCCGGAGCCUCCUUCUCCCGAGCCGCCUAGCCCGCAACCUCCUUCACCCGAGCCGCCUAGCCCGGAGCCUCCUUCACCCGAGCCGCCUAGCCCGCAACCUCCUUCACCCGAGCCGCCUAGCCCGGAGCCUCCUUCGCCCGAGCCGCCUAGCCCGGAGCCUCCUGCCUACCCAAGCAGCCCGGCAACGCCCUCUCCACCACCUCCCAGCCCCGGCCCCCUCGCCCCUGCCUACCCAAGCAGCCCGGCAACGCCCUCUCCACCACCUCCCAGCCCCGGUCCUCUCGCCCCUGCAUAUCCAAGCAGCCCGGCAACGCCCUCUCCACCACCUCCCAGCCCCGGCCCCCUCGCCCCUGCCUACCCAAGCAGCCCGGCAACGCCCUCUCCACCACCUCCCAGCCCCGGCCCUCUCGCCCCUGCCUACCCAAGCAGCCCGGCAACGCCCUCUCCACCACCUCCCAGCCCCGGCCCCCUCGCCCCUGCCUACCCAAGCAGCCCGGCAACGCCCUCUCCACCACCUCCCAGCCCCGGCCCCCUCGCCCCUGCAUAUCCAAGCAGCCCGGCAACGCCCUCUACUCCACCUCCCAGCCCCGGCCCCCUCGCCCCUGCAUAUCCAAGCAGCCCGGCAACGCCCUCUACUCCACCUCCCAGCGUUGUACCUCCUUCAUCCGCGCCUCUAAGCCCCGAUCCUCCUUUGCCUCACCCUCAAAAUUCUGCACCUCUCUUACCACCAACUCCAAGCCCCGAGCCACCUUCAUCCCAGCCCUCUACCCCUUUAGCUCCCUUCCCCCAGCCACCCAGCCCUUCACCUCCUUCAUCACCGCCUAAUCUUCCUCCCCCUUCACCCCAACCUCCCAGCCCUUCACCUCCUUCACCCGAACCUCCGAGCCCGGCCCCUCCUUCACCUCAACCGCCCAGCCCUGAACCACCUUCACCCCAACCGCCCAGCCCUCCGCCUCCUUCACCCCAACCGCCCAGCCCUGCACCUCCUUUACCCCCACCGCCCAGCCCACCACCUCCUUCACCCCAACCGCCAAGCCCACCACCUCCUUCACCCCAACCGCCAAGCCCUGCACCUCCUUCCCCCAAGCCACCAAGUCCGGCGCCUCCUUCUCCCCAACCGCCAAGCCCACCACCUCCUUCACCCCAACCGCCAAGCCCUGCACCUCCUUCCCCCAAGCCACCAAGUCCGGCGCCUCCUUCUCCCCAACCUCCAAGCCCUCCGCCUCCUUCACCCUCGCCCCCACCCCCGCCCCCCAGCCCCUCCCCUCCCUCGCCUCCGCCCUCGCCUCCCCCGCUUCAGCUGCGGCGGGUGCAGGCGCAGUUCGCAGUGGACGCCAGCCUGGUGCUCGGGGACGAGGACACGCGAGCGGACUUCCUGGAAGCAGUCAAGGAUACCAUUGCCUCAGCUGUCAGCAUGCCUAGCGGCGCCGUCACAAUCCUCGGUGCCUACGCGGGAAGCGUGGUAGUCGACGCCAUGGUAUCAAUUGACCCGCGGGUCACUUCUGUUACGGGCGUGGACCAGGGACUUCGCAACUUGACACAGAACCCCUUGAGCUUCUUUGGCCAGGACUUCCGCUUUAGGUUCGGUGUUGAGAGCGUGGGUAUUACUCUAAUGAUGCCGCCGACACCGCCAACACCACGUCCCCCUCCACCGCCGCCACCGCCGCGGCCGGCCAGGCCCCCGAAACCGACACCGCCGUCAAAGCCGCCGAGUCAGCCCCCUCCGCCGUCGCCCCUGCCUCCCAGCCCGCUUCCUCCCCAGUCGCCGCUGCCGCCGUCGCCUGCGCCUCCACAGCUGCCGCCGCCAGCGUCCCCCUCACCGCCCCAGCAACCACCGCCGCCUCCGCCUCCAUCUCCGCCGCUGCCGCCCUCACCUCCGCCGCCUUCACCACAGCCGCCGUCGCCUUUACCACCGCAGCCUCCGUCACCUUCGCCGCCACCGCCACCGCCACCUCCAUUCCCUCCGCUGCCGCCGUCCGUUGCUCGCAUGCUGCAACUGAACCUGUCAUUGCCGUACGACCAGCUUAAGGAUAAGACCACUCGCGACGCCUUUUACUGGGGCAUGCGAGUAGCUGUAGCAGCGCACUUUGGCUUGGCGCCCCAAUCUGCCGUGGUGGUGGCUCUGCUGCCUCUGUCCGGAGCUCUGCCGUACACAGCCCGGGUCAAUGUGCUGAUCUUCUUCACGCAAGCAACCCUUGAUCCGGCUGUUGUCAACAUGGCCAUUGCUACAGCCAUUGCUGAUCCGCUAGCCAUGCUACAGCCCCUGGCUAGCCGAUACGGCUUGACAGGAGCGCAAGCGUAUGAGCUAGCGACAUUCAACUAUCCGCCUCCGCCGCCCAGCCCUCCAGAGCCUCCCUCACCACCGCCGCCCUCGCCCUCCCCGCCGCCUCCUUCCCCCGAGCCACCUUCGCCUGAACCGCCCUCUCCUCCACCAGCCUACCCCUCGCCUCCCAGUCCCGAGCCUCCUUCUCCCCUACCCCUUAGCCCAGAACCACCCUCACCCCUCCCUCCAAGCCCGGACCCACCGAGCCCCGAGCCGCCGAGCCCCGAGCCCCCACCAUCUCCAUAUCCCAAGCCACCGCCCCGCCCGCCCUCACGCCCGCCCAAGCCUCCAUCGCCACCUCCUCCUUCACCGCCCAGCCCCAGCCCACCCCCGCCAUCCCCGUCGCCGCCAGAUGCCCCGCCUCCUCCCCCGCCCCCACCGCCACCACCGCCGCCUUCUCCAUCGCCUCCUCCACGCCAGCCCGUUUCAGCUCCACGCCCCCCAUCCCCUCCUCCGUCGCCACCGCCACCGCCCCCCGCCCCGCUGCCGCCCAGGCCGCCUCCGGCGCCCCCGCAGCCCCCAGGCUCUAUCGCCCGAUACCUAUCCAUCGACUUCAAUACCAGUCUCGGAGCCACGGCAACGCCCGACUUCUCCUACGAACGGUCAACCUUUGGCAUUGCCGUACGAAGCAACCUUGCUACAGCCUGGCGGCAAGAUGUACGGCGGUUCGUGGAGGUUGCCGUAUUCAGGAUGCCGUACAACGGAAGCUCAACCACCGGCGGCGCCAGCUCCCCCUACGUUGUACGUGUCAACCUGUUGGUCUACUUCACUGGUAUUUCCGAGAACGCUGCCAACACACGCUGCAAUGACUUUGUCGACGACCCUGCUGCAUCCUUCUCGUCCGACUUCCUGAACACGUGGCAUGUAUCCAGCAUCGAUGCAACACGUCUGCCGGCCUCAGUGUAUCGCCAGCCUCCGCCGCCACCUCCACCGCCGCAGCCGCCUACGCCCCCGCGACCUCCUUCGCCCCCACCUUCACCCCCAACACCACCGCCCGUCCCGAAACCACCCAAGCCUCCUUCUCCCUCUCCGCCUCGACCCCCUCACCCUCCCAAGCCGCCCUCACCUCCCUCUCCACCCAACCCUCCGCCCAGCCCCUCCCCCUACCCGCCUCCCUCCCCAUCACCUCCCUCCCCCUCCACACCCUCACUACCCCCCGAUGCUCCCCCGUCCUGGCCCGAUUCCGCCUCCACCUCCACCUCCCCCACCUCCUCCGCCCCCCUCUCCACCACCUCCACCCCCGUCGCCACCUCCUCCCUCGCCUCCACCACCACCCUCUCCCCAGCCGCCCCCCGCUCCCCAGCCCCCUUCACCGCCUCCCUCCCCACCGCCCCCUCCUUCGCCUCGGCCGCCUCCCUCGCCCUCGCCGCCUCCCUCACCCCCUCCUCCUCCUUCUCCCAAGCCACCACGCCCGCCACCGUCUCCAUCUCCCCCUCCUCCUCCUCCUCCCCCACGAGUCCGCCCCCCACCGCCUCCCCCGCCCCCCAGCCCCUCCCCUCCCCCGCCUCCGCCCUCGCCUCCCCCGCUCCAGCUGCGGCGGGUGCAGGCGCAGUUCGCAGUGGACGCCAGCCUGGUGCUCGGGGACGAGGACACGCGAGCGGACUUCCUGGAGGCGGUCAAGGACACGGUUGCCGCUGCUGCUGGGGUCCCUAGCAACGGCGUGGCUGUCCAGAUCAUUACCUCCUUCGAAGACAACCCUGCGGCGUCUAACAGCACCGCCGUUGAUUCUGUGGUUACGUUUGACCCACGGGUCACCGCCGUGGCGAGUGUUGACCGCGGGCUUCAAGCGCUGCAGCAGAACCCAAAGACCUUCUUUGACCAGGCUUUCCUCUUCCGCUUCAGCGUAGACAGCAUCGCUGUUGGGGUAUCGGCGCCGCCGCCGCCUCCUUUGCCGCCCUCCCCUCCACUGCCACCUUCACCACGACCUCCGAAACCGACACCGCCGUCGAAGCCGCCGAGUCAGCCGCCGCCGCCGUCGCCCCUGCCUCCCAGCCCGCUUCCUCCUCAGUCGCCACUGCCGCCGUCGCCUGCGCCUCCACAGCUGCCGCCGCCAGCGUCCCCCUCACCGCCCCAGCAACCACCGCCGCCUCCGCCUCCAUCUCCGCCGCUGCCGCCCUCACCUCCGCCGCCUUCACCACAGCCGCCUUCGCCUUCGCCACCGCAGCCUCCGUCACCUUCGCCGCCACCGCCGCCGCCGCCUCCAUUCCCUCCGCUGCCGCCGUCCGUUGCUCGCAUGCUGCAACUGAACCUCUCCUUGCCGUACGACCAGCUUAAGGAUAAGACCACUCGCGAUGCCUUUUAUUGGGACAUGCGAGCAGCUGUAGCAGCCCACUUUGGCUUGGCGCCCCAAUCUGCCGUGGUGGUGGCUCUGCUGCCUCUGUCCGGAGCUCUGCCGUACACAGCCCGGGUCAAUGUGCUGAUCUUUUUCACGCAAGCGACCCUUGAUCCGGCUGUUGUCAACACGGCAAUUGCUACAGCCAUUGCUGAUCCGCUAGCCAUGCUACAGCCCCUUGCUAGCCGCUACGGAUUGACAGGCGCGCAAGCGUAUGAGCUAGCGACAUUCAACUACCCGCCUCCGCCGCCUAGCCCUCCUGAGCCUCCCUCACCACCGCCGCCCUCGCCCUCCCCGCCGCCUCCUUCCCCCGAGCCACCUUCGCCUGAACCGCCAUCCCCGCCACCAGCCUACCCCUCGCCUCCCAGUCCCGAGCCUCCUUCUCCCCUUCCCCUUAGCCCAGAACCACCCUCACCCCUCCCUCCAAGCCCGGACCCACCCAGCCCUGAGCCGCCGAGCCCCUCGCCCCCACCAUCUCCAUAUCCCAAGCCACCGCCCCGCCCGCCCUCACGCCCGCCCAAGCCUCCAUCGCCACCUCCUCCUUCACCGCCCAGCCCCAGCCCGCCACCACCAUCCCCGUCGCCGCCAGAUGCCCCGCCUCCUCCCCCGCCACCACCGCCACCGCCCCCACCGCCGCCGCCUUCUUCUCCCCCUCCUCCACGCCAGCCCAUUUCAGCCCCACGCCCCCCAUCCCCACCUCCGUCGCCACCGCCGCCGCCUCCCGCUCCGCUGCCGCCCCGGCCUCCUCCGGCGCCCCCGCAGCCCCCAGGCUCUAUCGCCCGCUACCUAUCAAUCGACUUCAACACCAGCCUCGGGGCCACGGCAACGCCCGACUUCUCCUACGAACGGUCAACCUUUGGCAUUGCCGUACGAAGUAACCUUGCUACAGCCUGGCGGCAAGAUGUACGGCGGUUCGUGGAGGUUGCCGUACUCAGGAUGCCGUACAACGGAAGCUCAACCACCGGCGGCGCCAGCGCCCCCUACAUUGUGCGUGUCAACCUGUUGGUCUACUUCACUGGUGUUUCCGAGAACGCUGCCAACACACGCUGCAAUGACUUUGUCGACGACCCUGCGGCACCCUUCACCGCUGCCUUCCUCACCACGUGGAAAGUAAAGAGCAUCAACGCAACACGAUUGCCAGGAUCGAUCUACCGCCAGCCUCCGCCGCCACCUCCACCGCCCCUACCUCCAUCACCUCCGCCGCCUCCAUCGCCCCCACCUUCACCCCCAGCGCCGCCGCCCUUCCCCAAACCGCCCAAGCCUACGUCUCCCUCCCCACCUCGACCCCCUCACCCUCCCAAGCCGCCCGCACCUCCCUCUCCACCCAACCCUCCGCCCAGCCCCUCGCCACCGCCAUCUCCCCUGCCACCCUCGCCGCCUCCCUCCCCAUCACCUCCCUCCCCCUCCACACCCUCACUACCUCCCGACACUCCCCCGUCCUGGCCCGAUUCCCCCAGCCAGCCGCCUUUGGCCCCACCCCCGCCGCCUCCCCCGCUGCUGCCGCCGCCACCCGAGGGCCCUGCUGAUCCUGACCCCCUGCCGGCACCCCAGCCGCCAGACCACCCCGCCAGACCUCAAGCCCCAACCCCCCCAGGAGGCCCGCUCGCUGCCGCGUAUCCGCCUCUCUACCAGCCGCCGCCCCCGCCGCCGCCGCCGCCGCCGCCUUUGUACCCGCCGCCAACCGCCGCCUACCCGCCGCCAGUAUCCAAGCCCCCUGCACCGCCCUCCCCGCCGCUGUACAAGCCCCAUCCACCAGCCCAUCCACCAGCCUACACACCUUACCCUCCACCACCCUACCCUCCAGCGUAUACAACCCAACCUCCACCCUACCCACCGGCCUACCACUCUUAUCCGCCCCCCUACCCUCCGUCAUACCACCCACCAGCCUACCCACCAGCCUACGCACCUCCACCCCUCCGGCCAGCCUACGACCCCUACCCGCCGUCAAGCCCACCGGUUUACGCGCCCCGCUCCCCUCCGCCGGCUCCCCUACCUUCACAUCCUCCUCCCUAUCCACCAGCCUACACGCCCUCCUACCCGCCUCCACCCUACCCUCCCACCUACCAGCCUCCGCACCCUCCCACUUACUCUCCUCCGGCCUAUCAUCCCCCAGCCCACACACCUCCAGCCUACCUCCCUCCGCCCUCGGCUCACCCCACCAUCCCCUCGCCCCCUCCGGCUUCCCCUGCCUCCUACACGCCAGCCUACCCGCCGCCCCACCGCCUCCCAGCCUACCCUCCUGCCGUCCAGCCCACCUAUCCCCCAAGUCCUAAGGGCUCGUCAGCACCUCCGCCGGCACUACCCACCAGCGUUACUCCUCCGUCACCUCAGCC